AAACAGUUACGAAAGCAGGCAGCAUGUCACCCUGGUCCUUGCUGUUUUUGUAGGUUACACUCAUGUCAGGACAAGGCGAGCAGAGUUAAUCGAAAUUGUUGAAGAAUUAAAGUAGCCUGCUUCGUUGCUCUACAGGGACAUCGAUACAACCGUAGUUCCUCCUUGGUUGCAUGAAUUGAACCUGCUGGGAUACACACGGUUAGCUGAGGCUUAACUAGCAUUUCGCUGGCUAACUUGACAUUUCACCGAGGUUUGCUGGAAAACUUCUCAAAUGACACAGCUUCUCCACUGUAUUGCCGCACUGGUUCAGUAAGCCCUUAACUCAGCAUGCACCCUGACCUGUCACCUCACCUCCACACGGAUGAGUGUAAUGAAUUGAUAACUCGUCUGAUGCAGUGCCACACGGAGCACAAUGUCAUGAAGUUCUUCGGCACGUGUAACGAUGUGGACCGCGCUAUGCGUCAGUGCAUGAAGAAAGAGAGACUGGAUAAGCGGGAGCGCAGCAAGCAGCAUGCACAAGAGAUGAAAAAGAGGCUGAAAGCAAAACCCAAGGAGCAGCUGUGAAGGACAUUUUUACUAUGACUUUGCCACUGUUAAAAAUAUUCCGAUUAUGGGACAUUGAAUUAAGAAUGGUGCUGUGUAACAUGCCUCCCAUGGUGUUUUUAUGUCUUCUGUCUCUUUGUGAAUAAUAAUUUAGCUGCUGGCAGAACCUUUUCAUCAAACAUUAUUCAUGUCUGCAGUACACAUCAGGAUAUUCUGGCAGCUGUUUUAUUCAUGGGAACGGGGAGAAUCAGUCUCAGAGUAUCAGAGAUGCAUGUAAGAAAAAACCAAAACAGGAUGGCCUGUAGCUAUGUUUCUCAAGGCAAACAUACACCCAUGGACUUACAUACUGUACUCACUCAUUGAGGUUUUGAAAGUUUAUUUAAAUAGGGAAUCGUAUUGAUUUGUUAUAAGUUUGAUUGCUUUUUAAUAAAGUAAAAUUAUAAUG